GCAGACAUUUGUAAGACUGAGCUGCAGCACAGGCGUGUUUCGUGCCUGAGGCGAGCAAACGAGUGCACGUCCGCCAAGGGCAGGAACGGGGUUUGCCGCCAGCCGCUAAAUGUCUGAGGCAAGCGAACAGCCUUCCUCAGGACAACGCUCAGCAUAUCUAUCCACGCGACCACCGCCACACCGUCGACUUCGAACGCACGCAUUCACACGUCUCGAAUUUGCCUUUUGCGACAGACCCAUAUAAAGCGCGACAAAGAAACGCGGAAGAGCGCGCCGGCCGACACGCUUUAUUCACAAAACUUUCCCUCGCCCCACGAGCGACUCCCCCUCUCCUCCACACACAGCCAACAUGGCUGAUUUCUCACCCGAAUCGCCUCUCGCGGCGCAGCUCCAGCAGGUCGUCCAGCCCAAGCUUGCUGAGAAUGGGUGGACCACUGGCGGCGACGACACAACGCUGUUCGAAUACAUCCUCCUCAUGCUGGCCAACGGCAAAGAUCAAUCACAAGUCGCGGCGGAGCUGUCCAACGAUCUUCUUGACCUUGGGCCCGAGAACACAGAAACACAAGAAUUCGCACAGUGGUUGUUCGCACAGAUCGACGCGCUGCAGCGGCAAGCCGCUGGGGGCGUCGCUCAGGGCGCGCCUUCUGCAGACCAGACCAUGGACGGCGGCGCGCCGUCGUUCGUGCCUGGUGGGCAAGACACUGACAUGGAGGGCACUUCUGAAGCCCAGGAGGGCAUCCCCACAGGCCCAAAAGCCAUGCGCAACGGUAGCGGUGCGCCAUCAACACGCGCUGGACCGCGCGGAGGACGCAACAUGCUCAACCAGAUGAACAGACAAAUGAACCGAAACGACGACCCGUUACAUCGCGUCCGUGGCGGCGGCGGUGUUGGCAGGAAUAGCCGCGACCCCCCUCGAGGCCCUCGUGGUCAGAAUCUCGGUCGCGGAAUUGAAGCCAUGGCGAACGGAAGAGGCAUGAACCAAGUGGGCAACGUCAACGGCGCCCCCGGGCCCAUGAACGGAAUGAACGGAAUGAACGGCAUGAACAUGGGCGGCAUGCCUGGAAUGCCAAUGCCGGCGCAAAAUGCUGGCAUGGGCCUCAACCCGCAGCAGCAGAUGGCGCUCAUGCAGAUGUACGAGCAGCAGGCCCAGAUGAUGCAGCAGAUCUUCUCUGGCGCCACGCCCUACGUCAACCCUAAUUUCAACAACAACAGAGGAGGUCGUGGCGGGCGAGGCGGGCGAGGCGGGCGCGGUGGCAUGCACCAGUCGACCAAGUUUACUAAGAAGGAAGGUCAGGACGAUGCCAUGGCCGACGGGCCCGCAGGCGAAAACGGCGACGGCAUGGAGGUCGAGAACUCAAGGCCCGAGCCGUCAUCCACCCUUUGCAAGUUUAAUCUGCGAUGCACCAACCCAGACUGCCACUUUGUUCACCAGUCGCCGGCGGCUCCCCCCGGCGCCGCUGUCGAUAUGGAAAGCACAUGCGAAUUUGGGGCAGCGUGCAAAAACAAGAAGUGCGCAGGAAAGCACCCGUCGCCGGCCAAGCGACAGCAGUUUCAGUCGGAGCAGGAAUGCGCGUUCUGGCCGAACUGCCGCGAUCCGCUCAACUGCCCGUACAAGCACCCUACAACGCCGCCGUGCCGCAACGGCGCGGACUGCGCAACACCCGACUGCAAGUUCUCGCACAGCUCGAUCAUGUGCAAGUUCACACCUUGCUUGAACCCGCGUUGCCAGUACAAGCACAGCCCGGGCCAGAAAAAGAACAACACCAACGUGUGGGUGGCGCCGAAGGAGGGCGAGCACGUCAGCGAAAGGAAGUUCAUUGACGAGAACCGAGCCGAGGAGUUGAUAAUCCCUGGACAGGAGAAACAGAAUGGCCAGACACAGGCAGCAGAGAGCAUGGAGCAGGAUGUACCGUUAUAGGUAUGUUGAUGACACGACAUGAUGAGACAGGGAGUGGUGGCAGUAGGGGGGAAAGUGGACGGCUGCAGGCGUGGGGUAGUAAAAGAGCACAUGUACUAUAGUUCUGGAUAAGGACGGCCGCACCAAGAGGGUGCGGCCUGUGGGAGUCAGCAACUGAGUUUGUUUUCAGCGGCGAUUGAGCUGCUCUGUGUCUCUUU